AUGGAUGUGCGGAAGUCUGAUGUAGAUGCUGAGCCAGAGGAGAGUCCAGGGAGCAGCAGCAGCAGCAGUAGCAGCAGUGGGGCUGUAGAUGCCCUCUCCACAGGCCCGGCCCCAGCCCCCCCUCAGGCCUCUGCAGGAGAGCCAGGACAAAGAGGAGACAGCUCCUGCUCCGACUCCGACAGUCCUGUAGAUUCCAGCUCCUGCGAGGAGGAGGAGGAGGAGGAGGACGAGGAGGAGGAGGAGGAGGAAGAGGAGGAGGAGGAAGAAGACCCAGCUAUGUUCUCCUCCAAAUUCCUUAGUGGGGCCAACCCCCUCAAUGCUGUGUCCUCUGCUGUGAAUAAGUUUGGUUUAUUUGGCGAUGAUGGGGAGGGGAAUAAAAAACCAGGCGGGGAGCAGCAGCCAGGAGCGAGCCCUGGCAAAGACCCUCAGCAAAAUCAGGGCCCCCCAAAAUCAGGCCAGGGCCCCCCUAUGCAAAAGCCUCCUGCUAAGCAAGGAUCACCACAGCUGCAGGGGAACGGGCAGACCGGACCGCCGAACAAGCCGGCUGGGCAACAAGCUGCUUCAAAACCAGGGACGCAGCCUGGAGCCCAGCUUAAAGCGGAGCCCCCAAAAAACCAACCUAAGGGCCCACAGCAGCAAGGGUCACCCAAGCCGGAAGCAAAACAACAGGUUCUGACCAAGAGUGGAGCACAACCGGAGUCUCCGAAGCCCUCGUCAAAACAACAGGUUCCGCCUAAGGUGCAGCAGCAAGGCCCUGCUAAGACUGGUGCACAGCAGCAAGAACCUGCAAAGACUGGGGCGCAAGGGGCGACAAAGGUUGGGACUGAGUCGGGGCAGCAACAGCAGGGGUCACCAAAAACUGGACAGCAGAAAGGCGGCAGGACUACACCCCAGCAGCAAGGCAUGAAGGGACCUGGCACACCUGGGUCUUCGUCACCGGCAGCAAACAGAUCUCAGUCCAAAGCAGGAGCUAAGUCUCUUUGCCCUGUGUGUAACACAACAGAACUUAAUGUGCAUACCAAGGAUCCACCGAACCACAAAACCUGUACGCAGUGUAAAACUCAAGUGUGCAGCUUGUGUGGCUUCAGCCCUCCAGACUCUGAUGGACGUGAGUGGCUUUGUCUUACCUGCCAAAUAAAGAGAGCGCAAGGAUCUUCAGAACCCCCGGGACCUCCCAUGAAAAAGCCCACAUCCAACCAGACACCGUCUCCCGCUGCACCUGUCAAAAAAGAAACGUCAGCACCAGGUUCACCUCAGAGAUUGCAGUCCACAUCAACAAAAGUGCCAGCCAAGGGUGACGCUGCUAAAGGACCCGAAAGUCAAAAACAAGCCAGCCCAGCAUCUGUUCAGAAAACGACACCUGAGGCCCAGAAAGCAUCCGGGUCUCCAAAACCAUCGAGUCAAACUGGACGCAAGCAAAGCGGUGCCACUCCGGCUCCCCAGCAGGAGUCGGGGGGUUUAUUCGGCUUCGGUGGUGCUAAAACGGAAGCCGCAAAACCAGAAGAGUCGGUAACCGGGAAGAUGUUUGGUUUUGGUUCCUCCAUUUUCAGUUCUGCGUCUACUUUGAUAGCUUCAGCUGGUAAGGAUGAGCCUAAAACAACACCUCCGGUUUCUCCUAAGAUGCAGCCUGCAAAGGACACAAAACCAACUACUGUCCCAAAGUCAGAGCAAGACAAGAAACAACAGCAACCACAGCAGGCAAAGGCUCAACCAGCGGGGCAGGGGAAAGUGGAACAAUCAGAGACUCCGAAGGCGGCGGCAACCCCCCGUAGUGCUCCUAAAGCGGACAAGUCCACCUGUCCAAUCUGCAAGAUGGUGCUCAACGUGGGCUCCAAGGAUCCUCCCAACUACAGCAGCUGCACUGACUGCAAAAGCACUGUCUGUAAUCAAUGUGGAUUUAACCCUAUGCCAAAUGUUAAAGAGGGAAAGGAGUGGCUUUGUUUAAACUGCCAGGUGAAACGAGCUGCUGCAGGAAUUGAACCUCAGAAAGACCCAUCUUUGGUCAAUUCAUUGAAAAAGACUCCUCCAACACAGCCUGCAUUGCAAAAGACUUCUUCACCAGGGUCUCCUCAGAAAAAAGUAUCAACACCAGCAGCACAACCAGCCAAGGCUGAAGCGCCAGACAGUCAUAAACAGGUCAGCCCAGCUCCUGGUCAGACUAAACCUCAGGAGACCCAGAAAGCAGGUCCUCAAAAACAGCCAGACCAGAAAAUACAAACUGCACAAAAGCAGGGAAAUGCCACUGCACCAACCCAGCAAGAGUCAGGAGGCUUCUUUGGUUUUGGCGGAGGUAAAACUCAGCCCGAUGCUGCAAAGCCUGCGGAGUCAGUGACUGGGAAGAUGUUUGGUUUUGGAUCCUCCAUCUUCAGCUCUGCAUCCACUUUGAUUACCUCAGCUGUUCAAGAUGAGUCCAAAAUUACACCACCGGUUUCCCCCAAGAUGUCUCCAGCGAAAUCCCCCUCUGUCAAGAAACAAGAACAGGAGAAGAAACCAGCGCAGCCACAGCAAGCCAAGGGUUCACCAUCGGUGAAGGAGUGGCUAUGUCUCAACUGUCAGAUGCAGAGAGCGCUAGGAGCAUCUGAACCUCCAGGAACUCCCAUGAUGAAACUACAAGCUUCACCCAAUAAAGUCCCGGCACCUACCAGUGCGCCAAAGAAGGAUGCUCCCCCUCUGGAAACACCUCAAAAGAAAGACAUUCCAGCAUCUGCUGAAUCUAAAAUAAAGGAGGCCUCGCCAUCAGGCUCACCUAUAAGGAAACCACAAAAACCAGCAGAACAGCCAGCGAAGACUGAAGCUGUGAAGGGACCUGAAAGUCAGAAACAGGCCAGCCCAGCACCUGGUCAGAAAACUCCACAGCAAGGUCAGAAGACAGGUCCUCAGAAACCACCAGACCAGACCAAACCCAAUCAAACUGGAGUUAAGAAGAGCAGCAUUACAUCGACUACACAAGAGGAGUCAGGCGGGUUCUUUGGAUUUGGCGGUCCUAAAACACCACCUACUGCUGCAAAGUCUGCAGACUCAGUGACAGGAAAAAUGUUUGGCUUUGGUUCAUCCAUCUUCAGUUCUGCAUCCACUUUAAUAAACUCGGCCGUCCAAGAUGAAUCCAAAACAACACCACCAGUUUCUCCCAAGAUGCCUGUUGCAAAGGCCACCAAAUCACCUCCUGUUCAGAAACCUGAGCACGAGAAGAAACAAGAGCAAGUUCAACAGCCCAAGACCUCUCCAUCACCACAAGCCAAAGUAGAAAAAGGCCCAUCACAGCCUCAAAAGGAUGCAGCAGCUUCCCCAGCUGUUUCUAAGGCAGGGCAGUCGGCCUGUCCGCUCUGUAAGGUGGAACUCAACUUUGGCUCCAAGGAACCGCCCAACUACAACAAAUGCACUGAAUGCCAGAACACCGUCUGUAACCAGUGUGGAUUUAAUCCAAUGCCAAAUGUGUCAGAGAUGCAGAGAGCUCUUAGUGCAUCUGAACUCACGGGACCUCCCAUGAAACCGAACACCGGAGCCAACAAAGUGUCCCCAGCUGCUGUACAACAGAAAAUAACAGCUCCCAACCAAGUGGAAAAGAAGGGGAGCUCCACACCAGGUUCUCCUCAGAAGACAGGGUCCCCAGUAGUGACACCUGCAACUAAAGCUGCUAAAGGUCCAGUGAGUGAAACAAAAGCUAGUCCAACUCCUGGUCAGAAAACUCCUGGAACUAUCCCAGGGGCACAAGGUUCCCAGAAACCAGCUGACCAGGCAAGUCAACCUGCCCUGAAACAGACCAAGCCCAUCCCAGAUACACGGCAGGAGUCAGGAAAGACAUUAGGCUCCAGUAGUCCUAAAACAGGCCCCGAUGCUUCAAAAACAACAGAAUCGGUCAGUGGAAAGAUGUUUGGCUUUGGUUCCUCCAUUUUCAGCUCAGCGUCCAACUUGAUAUCAUCUGCUGUUCAGGAAGAAUCCCGGACUACACCUCCGGGCUCUCGUAAGAUGUCUGCACCAGCACAGGUCUCUCCCAAGAUGUCUGCUGUACCCAAGAUUUCUCCAAAAACUACACCAACGGCUUCUCCCAAAAUGUCACCCAAAACUCAGAAGCCUGCUCAGAAGCCAGAACAGGAGAAGAAACCAGAUGAAUCCCAACAGGUCAAAGAGGACAAAGCUCCAGCACAGCCACCAAAGGCAGCAACAGUCUCACAAACGGCUCCUGCUGCAGACCAAACCACCUGUCCGCUGUGUAAGGUCGAGCUCAACAUCGGCUCCAAACAACCUCCCAACUAUAACACCUGCACUGAGUGCAAAACUGUUGUCUGUAACCAGUGUGGAUUUAACCCUAUGCCCAUAGGAGAGGUAAAAGAAUGGCUAUGUCUUAACUGUCAGAUGAAAAGAGCAGUUGGAGCUUCCGACCCCCUUGGGCCUCCUGCGAUCAAGUCCCAAAGCUCACCCAAAAAAGUUGCUGUACCUGCUGCAGUCCAGUUAAAAGAUUCUCCCAAACCAGCUUCUCCUCAAAGGAAAGACAGCCCAGACCUUGCUGUGCAAAAGAAGGAACCUUCAGGAUCAGUCUCCCCACAACGAAAACAAUCAACAGCCUCAGUGGGGUCAGGCAAAUCUGAACCUGGUACUACACCAACGAAGCAGGCCAGCCCAGCACCUGAUCGUAAACUAUCACAAGAUAAACAGAAAGCUGCUCCACAGAAACCGCCAGAUCAAGCAAACCAAGCUGGACGUAAGCAGAGUAAUGCCAGUGCACCAACACAACAAGAGUCAGGGGGCAUCUUUGGCUUUGGUGGUCCUAAAACUCAACCUGAUGCUGAGAAGCCAGCAGAUUCAGUGACUGGAAAAAUGUUUGGCUUUGGUUCUUCCAUUUUCAGUUCUGCAUCUACUUUGAUCACCUCAGCUGUUCAAGACCAGCCCAAGACUACGCCACCAGUUUCUCCCAAGAUGUCUCCUGCAAAGGACUCCAAAUCUCCUGCUGUGAAGAAACCAGAAGAGGACAAGAAACCAGAGCAACCACAGCAAGCCAAGGCUCCAACAUCAGUACAGCCAAAGGCAGGUGAGAUCAAGCCCCCUGCUCCCCAGACGCCGGAGCAGCAGAAGAAAACAGAGCCACCCCAGCAGACCAAGACUACUCCAUCGGUGCAGCCCAAAGUGGACAUACCACCAAAAGAACCUCAAAAACCUUCGGCAGUGUCCCAAGAAGCUGUCAAACCAGACCAAUCCACAUGUCCGCUCUGUAAGGUCAAACUCAACAUCGGUUCCAAGGAUCCUCCCAACUACAACACCUGCACUGAAUGCAAGAACACCGUCUGUAACCAGUGUGGAUUCAACCCUAUGCCAAAUGAAACAGCGACAAAGGAGUGGUUGUGUCUCACCUGCCAGAUGCAGCGGGCUCUUGGAGCAGCGCAGCCACCAGACGUCCCUUCUGUCAACUCUCAGCCACCUGCAAAACCCCAAAAGAAAGACAUUAGUCCAGCUGAACCUGAAAAGAAACAGCCAUCAACACCACAGUCACCUCAGAGGAAACUAUCUGUAACAGCACAGCCAGCUAAAUCUGACACUACUGACAAGCCGGAGGUUCAGAAAAAAGCCAGCCCGGUUCCUUCUAAGAAAAUACCACAGGAGCCCCAGAAAGCAUCAGGUCCUAACAAAUCACCAGAGCCGCCAAGACAAGCUGAACGCAAGCAGAGUAAUGCAGCUGCAGCUGCACAGAAAGAAUCAGGAGGCUUCUUUGGUUUUGGCGGUGGCAAAACUCAGCCUGAAGCUGAAAAGCCGGCAGAGAGAGUGACUGGAAAAAUGUUUGGAUUUGGUUCUUCCAUUUUUAGUUCUGCAUCCACUUUGAUUACCUCAGCUGUUCAGGACCAGCCCAAAACCACCCCACCAGUUUCUCCUAAAUUGUCGCCUGCAAAAGAGAUUAAAUCCCCUGCUGCCCAGGAGAAGAAGAAGCCAGAACAACCCCAGCAGACCAAGGCAUCUCCACAGGUGCAGGCUAAAGUAGAAAAAGCUCCAUCACAGCCUCCAAAGGCUGCAGAAGCCUCCCAAGCCACUGUGAAACCAGGCCAGUCCAGCUGUCCACUCUGUAAGAUUGAACUCAACAUGGGAUCCAAGGAUCCACCGAACUACGAUACCUGCACUGAAUGCAAGAACACCGUCUGUAACCAGUGUGGAUUUAGCCCGAUGCCAAAUGAGUCAAAGAUGAAGGAGUGGUUGUGUCUGACUUGUCAGAUGCAAAGGGCCCUCAAAGCAACCGAAUCAGUACAGCCUCCACUGAUGAAACCUCAGGCAUCACCCAGCAAAGUGCCUGCACCUACUUCUUCCCAAAAAGAUGCCGCUGCACAAAAAGCAGAAGUUCCAGACAAGACUCAGAAGGACAGUCCAACACCAGGUGCCCAACAAAAGAAAACGGACCUAACACAACCAUUACCCACUGCCACACCACCUGCAAAAGACACUCCAGCUGCUGUUACAGCCCCAACGAAAGAGGAGAAACCUAGUGAGCCACCUGCCAAGGAGGUUCCCACCUCCACUGCACCUCCAAGCAAAGAGGUGGGGACUAAAGGUUCAGAUCCAAGUACACCACUGCCUGCUCAAGCUCCUCCUGUCACCACCGAUAUUGAAACAUCAAUUCAAAAGAAGAACGAUCUCACUCAACCAAAUGUUUCUCCAAUUAAAGCAGUAUCAGAAAAGAAAGAGGAGAAAGCUGAAUCAAUUCAGAAAACAACUGUCAAAUCCUCUGAUGAAGUACAGCCCCAACAAGCCAAAGAGCCACAGCUAGUUGAAACAUCACUUGCCAAAACUGCUCCACCAGCAGCACAGCCAGAAAAUCAAGAAUCAGGAAGUUUCUUCAGCUUUGGUAGCCCUAAAUCUCAGCGUGCUGCUUCAAAAACAACUGAAGCGGUGACUGGGAAGAUGAUGGGAUUUGGUUCAUCGAUCUUCAGCUCAGCCUCAAAUUUGAUAACAUCUGCAGUUCAGGAGGAGUCUCGCACAGCAGCAGGUUCCCGCAAAAUGUCUGCCCCGCUGGUUUCUGACAGGAAGUCAGAUCUGAAGACUUCUCCAAAGUCCAGCCCCCCAGCUUCUCCAAGGAUGACGUCAGCAAAGGAGGUUAAACCGCCUCCUGUUCAGAAACCAGAAGUGGAAAAAAUCCCAGACCAGGAGGCCAAGGCUGCUCCAUCAGGACCGACUAAAGUGGAUAAAGGUCCGCCAGAGCCUGCAAAACCAGAAGCUGUCCAAGCUGCUCCAAAGGUGGAUCAGUCUACUUGUCCACUCUGUAAGGCGGAACUUAACAUGGACAGCAAAAAUCCUCCAAACUACAACACUUGCACUGAGUGUAAAACCACCGUCUGCAGCAAGUGUGGAUUCAGUCCCAUGCCAAAUGUAACACAGGAUAAGGAGUGGCUGUGUCUCAACUGCCAGAUGCAAAGAGCACUUGGAGCUUCUGAACCUCCAGGCCUCCCCAUGAUAAAACUACAGCCUUCACCAAGCAAAGAGGUUCCUGCCACCACAGAGAAGAAAGAAACCCCAGCGUCAGCUCCACAGGAAGACAUUCCUAAGCCAGGCGCACCCAAAUCUGAGCUCGCUGACAUUGCCACAACCAAAGAAACUGACUCUUCAGCAGAUGAAUCUACAACACCUCCAACUCCACGUAAGAUGUCCGCUGCAGCCAGUGUCACUCCUAAAACUACACCGCCGGCCUCUCCUAAAACAGUACCUCCAAAGGACACCAAGCCACCUGCCGUCCAGAAAACUGAAGAGAAGAAACCAGAGAAACCACAGCAGGAUAAGACUCCUUCAGCAGUACAAACCAAAGUGGACAAAGGUCCAUCAGAGCUCCCCAAGGCACCACCCGAUACCCAAGGUGCUUCAAAGGCAGAUCAGUCCACCUGUCCGCUGUGUAAAGUCAAACUCAGCGUGGGUACCCCAGAUCCUCCCAACUACAACACCUGCACAGAAUGCAAGACCACCGUCUGCAACCAGUGUGGAUUUAACCCAAUGCCAAAUGUGUCAGAGGUAAAAGAAUGGCUUUGUCUAAACUGCCAGAUGCAGAGAGCCUUAGCAGCAUCUGAGCCCACUGGACCUGCUGUAGUGAAACCACAGCCUUCGCCAAGCAAGGUUUCUGCACCUCAGAAGGAGGUGCCGGUAUUAGUUCAGAAGGAAAAGCCUACGGAACAUACAGAAGUCCAAAAAGAGGCCGCUCAAACAGCAUUACCCAAAAAAGAAAUCCCCAAGGCUGAGGCCCCAGUGCCAACUGCAGUCCAAAAGAUAGACGCACCGCGGCAAGAUACUGUGCAAAAGCCGAAAGAGAUUUCAGGUACUCAGCAAGGACAAGCCCAGGAUAAGGCUGGCCAGCAGAAACUGGUAGAAAAACCUCCACAAACUUCCAAACCAGAAGUAAAACCAGCUCCUGCAAAACAAGACGCUGGCAAACUACCACAACAGCCCCCAAAAUCUGUGACCCCUCCUGCCAAAGCUGCACCCCCACCAGCUCAGCCUGCAAAACAGGAGUCGGGAGGCUUCUUUGGCUUUGGUGCCCCUAAAACACCACCGACUGCUGCAAAGUCUGCAGACUCAGUAACAGGAAAGAUGUUUGGCUUUGGGUCAUCCUUCUUAAACUCUGCAUCCACUUUGAUAACCUCAGCUGUCCAGGAUGAAUCUACAACACCUCCAACUCCACGUAAGAUGUCCACCGCAGCCAGUGUCAGCCCUAAAGCUACACCUCCAGUUUCUCCCAAGAUGCCCCCUGCAAAGGAUACCAAACCACCUGCCGUACAGAAAUCAGAGCCACCUCAGCAGGCCAAGACUAUCCCAGCAGCAGCACCGGUUAAAGCAGAGAAAGCUCCGCCUGAGCCUCCAAAAGCCACGGAGGUGACCAAAGUCGCUCCUAAAGCAAGCCCGUCCACCUGUCCGCUGUGUAAGGUCAAACUCAACGUGGGCUCCAAGGAUCCUCCCAAUUACAACACCUGCACUGAAUGCAAGAACACUGUGUGCAAUCUUUGUGGAUUUAACCCCAUGCCUCAUACAGCAGCGCUGAUGCCAUCAAAAGCCCGGGAGUGA